GUACAGUGGUCACACGAACUCACCUCUCCCCUCCUCUCCUCUCGAAAUCUCGUUUCUCGGUCCAUUCUUCGCUCCUCUCGAGAUAUCUCUCUCACCCCCCCCCCCCCCCUCUCUCUCCUUCUUCCUUGCUUUUUUAAUAAUGAUUUUGUUUUCUCUCUCAUUCCUCUGAUGAGAGAAAGAGAGAGAAACAAAAGCCCACUUGCAGAGCUGGAAAUAUCGAUGCAAAUUUCAAUUUGCAUUUCAAUUCUUAGUAUCUUUGGGGUUAGACGGACUUUUCAUCAGAGCCCCAGGGAGUUUGGGACAUGACCUAGGGUUUUGGAAGAUUGACAUUUGUGGGGGUGUGUGAGUUCAUGGGUUUUUCUCCUAGUAAAUGAUGGGGAGUUUGAGUGAAGAAGAGGAUCAAUUCUUUGACACUCGGGAAGACAUAACUUCGGUGUCCGAUUCUGGCUCGGAUUGCCAGGAGAAUCUCGAUUCUGAGUGGAGGAACACUGAUUUUGUAUCUGGCAGUUUCGGGUGUGAGGUUUGGAUUAAGAACCCAGAAAGCAUUCGGGAAAGACGUACUAAGUUCCUAAAAUGGAUGGGAUUGGGGGUAGAUCAUGUGGUGCGUGAAGUCCCUGAAGAAUUGGUUUCUGGGGAAUUGAAGGGCGAGAUUGAUAGAAUUACAGAAAACAGUGGGGCUGUUCUAGGAAUGUCGAGUUCUGAUGAUGGGUUUUCAUCGAGUCAGUCUUCUAUGUGCUGGCCUAGUGAUGCUCAAGAUUUCUUGGGUGGGUCAUUGGAGGAGAAUUUGUUCUGUAGAAUUAGGAGUUUGGAUGAUGGGAGGGAGUUUAUUGUAGAUGAACUGGGGCAGUACGGCAUGCUGAGUAGACUCCGUGAAGUUGGUUCAAACCGGGUGGUUACUAUUGAAGAGUUUGAGAGAACUCUUGGACUGUCCCCUCUGGUACAGAAAAUGAUGCGAAAAGAAGCUGAAAAGGCUUGCAAUCCUGUGGAGGCAGCAAAGCGUUGCAGGAGGGGGUGGUGGAGGAGAUUAGGCGCUGUGGCCUGCAUUGCGAAUUGUCCAAUUGAAGUUGGUAAAUUUAAGCCAAAUGGUCCAUAUCCCAUUCUUGGGACCAAGUCUCAAACGGUUAAAGUUCGUCCUUACAGGAGGCGAUCCAAGGAAUUAUCAGCUCUUUAUAUGGGGCAAGAUUUUGUGGCUCAUGAGGGUUCAAUCCUAACAAUGAAGUUCAGUCCUGAUGGGCAGUACCUGGGGAGUGCUGGUGAAGAUAGAGUUGUACGUGUAUGGCUGGUGACAGAGUCAGAGAGAUCAGAUGGGUUUGACGCUCCAGAUGUUGAUUGUUCAUAUGCAUACUUCACAGUAAAUCAUCUUUCUGAAUUAGUCCCCAUCCAUGCAGAUAAAGAGAAAAAGGGUAAACUAAAAACUUUGAGGAAAUCAUUAGAUGCAGCCUGUGUCAUUUUUCCUCAGAAAGUUUUUCAGAUAUUGGAGAAACCACUCCAUGAAUUCCAUGGGCACUGUGGUGAGGUCCUGGAUAUCUCGUGGUCUAAGAAUAAGUAUCUUCUGUCGUCCUCCGUUGAUAAAACUGUUCGCCUGUGGCAAGUGGGAUGUAACCAAUGCCUUAAAGUUUUUUCCCACAAUAAUUAUGUUACAUGUGUUCAGUUCAAUCCUGUGGAUGAUAAUUACUUCAUAAGUGGUUCCAUAGAUGGAAAAGUACGCAUCUGGGAAAUCCCUGGUGGUCAAGUUGUUGAUUGGACUGAUAUAACAGAAAUAGUCACAGCCGUGUGUUAUCGCCCUGAUGGAAAGGGCGUAAUAGUUGGCUCCAUGACUGGCAAUUGUCGCUUUUAUGAUGCAUCGGAUGAUCGUCUACAACUGCAUGCUCUAAUAUGCUUACAGGGUAAGAAGAAGUCCUCAUUCAAGAGGAUAACAGGCUUUCAGUUUUCUCCAAGCGACCCAAGCAAAUUAAUGGUCACAUCUGCAGAUUCACAAGUUAGAAUCCUAGAUGGGGUUGAUGUGAUCUGCAAAUACCGAGGCCUCCGUAAUGCAGGAAGUCAGAUAUCUGCAUCAUUCACCUCAGAUGGAAUGCACAUAGUUUCAGCAAGUGAGGAUUCUAAUGUCUAUGUGUGGAACUGCAUCAGCCAGGAUGUACCAGUGCAUUCUCAAGCAAAGAACAAUUGGUCUUGUGAGCGCUUCUUCUCAAACAAUGCUUCAGUUGCCAUACCUUGGUGUGGGGCAACAUGUGGAAACUCUAUUUUCUCAAAUAUAUCUGGAGCAUUUCCAUCUCCUAAGCUUUCUGUAAACCUGCCUAGGUCUGACCCAGAAAAUAAACCACAUCAAUGCCACUUGGGUGAGAGCUCAAGUACCAUAUUGCCAUUUUCUUCCCCUGAUCAUUUCUCUGUGGGCCAUGGAUUUUUCUCAGAGUCUUUGCCCAAGGGAUCUGCAACCUGGCCAGAGGAGAAGCUUCUCACUCCCAGCUCACUGGUUGUAUCAUCUGCAAUGUGCAAAUCUCAAUACAAGUUUCUGAAAACAUCUUGCCAGAGCAUGUUUGGUUCUCCUCAUGCAUGGGGAUUAGUGAUUGUAACAGCUGGCUGGGAUGGGAGGAUUAGGUCAUUCCAGAAUUAUGGACUACCAAUUCCAAUGUCAAACCAGAAAUGGCGGCCAAAAAUUAUUUAAUGUUGACUGAUUUUGCAAAAUGGAAGACUCGAUUUCAGCAGCAUUCACUGCCACAGCCGGUCAUGUCCUAGUAGAUUGUAUGCACGUGCAUCAGAUAAGACGGCAAAUGAUAAGAUGUGAGAGACAUCUUGGUUCUUUGGUGGGCCAGCAAAGACGUGAAGGUGUACUGCAAGGGGAUAAAACUUCAACAGGGAUAGAAUUGUUCCAUUCAUUGUGAAGUUCAGUUGCCUGUCAGCAAAUGGCACUGGUUAGUUUUUGACUGGGUUUCUUAUCCAGUGUAAUUAUACCAUUCUUUAAUUUAUUUGCCUAGAGAAGUUAAUGGCUGCAAGCCUGAAAAGAACCGGAGGGUCACAUCUAGAAGGCCCACUUGCGGUUUAUAUAUUUGUGCAUAAUUGAGGUCAUUGGGACAGAGGGGGAUUCACUUGCUAAAAUGGUGUGGUGGAAGGGAAGCUAGUGUAUGGUAGUUAAUUCAGGAAAAUUGGUGGGAUCUUCACCUUUCGUGAUAUGUUGGAUGGUUGAAUAAUUGGCUUGCUUGCCUGCCAAGUGGCGCAUUACCCUCUUUUGGACUUUUAUGUCGGUGCAUUGCCUGUUGCCUGCACUGACAAAGUGGGAUAGUGGCAUUUUCAAAUCGUUUAGUUGGUGUGAUGGAGCUUUGCGCACCAUUUUCAAGUCGGUGAUUAGCCUGUGUGAUAGAGCUAUGCACUGGGAAUUUCAGUUUAUCUUGCCAUCCUAACCUUUUGAUCUGGGAGGAGGAUCUUCACGUCUUGGGCAUUGAGGAUGAUAUAGCUUACCUCAAGCCCUCAAGCCCUCAGGCCCUUAACCCUCUGCCUGUCUUGGAGGUACUUCCUAAUUUGUCUCUUUAAUUGAAUUUUCAAGCUUGUACUUUCAUUUUUGGUUAUAUUUAGAUGCUUUCGGUUCUCAAGAUUUCUUAAUGAGAAAAAAAGCAUUUCUCUUAAUAUAUAUCGAUGCAAUUGUAAUAUACUCCUGGAAAGGAAAAUUUUUUGUUACUACAUUGGUGUAGGGACAGCCUCAACUUAUACUUAGUCCCAUAAUAUAUGUACCUCUACACUUCAUUGA